UCUUCAAUCUCACUGCAAUUUCACAUUUCAAAUCUUCUCACUCAUUCCCAAUUCCCAAACCCUAAUGGCACGUACCAAGCAAACCGCUCGCAAAUCCACCGGCGGAAAGGCGCCGAGGAAGCAGUUGGCGACCAAGGCCGCCCGCAAGUCCGCUCCGGCAACCGGCGGAGUGAAGAAGCCUCACCGUUUCAGGCCAGGAACCGUGGCUCUGAGGGAGAUCAGGAAGUACCAGAAGAGCACUGAGCUUCUCAUCCGGAAGCUUCCGUUCCAGAGGCUGGUCAGAGAAAUCGCUCAGGAUUUCAAGACCGAUCUCCGAUUCCAGAGCAGUGCUGUUUCUGCUCUACAGGAAGCGGCAGAGGCUUACCUUGUUGGACUGUUCGAGGAUACCAAUCUCUGUGCGAUUCAUGCUAAGAGAGUUACUAUCAUGCCUAAGGAUAUUCAACUCGCUCGCAGAAUCAGAGGCGAGAGAGCUUAGAAAUCUAGGUUUAUUCAACCAGUGAUUUCGCAUUGUAAUGGUUUAUCUGCGUUUGUUUGUAUUGUAAGGUCGAUCUUGUUUCAAAGUAAUGAAAAUCUGAAUCUGAGAUUGAAUUUUA